UCCAUCGUUCGCGUAUACUGAUUUAUAGGUUAGUCGGUUUUCGGAACCCGACCAGGAACACGGGUAUACACGAACGAGAGCCAUGUCCGCGUACGACUGGCAGCCACAGCAGCAGUUCGGCGUCACCGACACUCAACUGCCCGAAGUCAAAGGUUCUAGUAAAAGGUCUAGGCAGACCUAUUCAAAAUACCAAACGGCCGUGCUGGAAACUGUGUUCCAAACUUCCAGGUAUAUCGUGCGGAACAAGAGACAGCAGAUGUCGGCUGAACUGAGCCUCACCGAGCGGCAGAUAAAGAUAUGGUUCCAAAACAGGCGGAUGAAAGAGAAGAAAUGCCACAAGGAAGCACCACGAAUCGUCGUCGAUCAACAUAUGCCUCGGCUUCAGGGCGAGAGCUGUCCAGUGGCCGGUUAUCCUGAAGACUAUAACAACCUCAUCGAGCCAGCCGACGAACUACACGAUGACGACGUUUUUGCUAAUGGUUAUCACUCUGCUGUAGUGUCCAAACACCAACCGGACAAUGGAGGUGGUGGUUACGCCGUUUACGGUGGAUACGAUUUCAUAACACCCGACCCGUACGACCAACGAAUGACAAAACAACAGUGUUGGCCUGCGCAUACCGUCGACUUCCAUCAAGACUUAUACGGUGACCAUGAUUCAACCCAUUUUCAAAGACUGCCGACGACUCACCACCACUAUCCGUUGAAUUCGCAAGUACAGGACUACCAUGGUCCUCCACAGCUGCAGGCUGCACACGGUUAUUGACGGUGGUCAUUAUACGACACGUGUAUAAUAAUACUAUGCAGUUCGGCCUGUAUUAUAUCCAUCAUUGUAUAAUAUAUCGUUCGACUACUGCGCGGUAAUAAAAUUCUAGUCAAUUCACAAAAAGGUGCUGUCCAGUUGAUAAGAGUCAUCGCGCGUAUUGCAUAAGAGGGCCGAUAAUAUUAUACCAUGUUAUAUAAAUGCGUACCCUUUCAGAUCAGACCACCCACAAACGGUCACCAGAUGAUUCUGCAUCUACUAUACAUACACGCGGUUCCAAAUUCUCAAUCUAACAUAAAACGUGAAUCAUUUAUUAGUAUAAUAAUUAUUUUUUUUUACCUACACAUAAAAUUAUAAUCAAAAUUAUAAUAUAUCGUACGUUAGUAUUAUUAUAGUAUAUAUUUAUGCAUGUGUGUUUUUAUUUUUAUUUAUUUAUUUUUUUUUUGUGUUCUAUGACUUAAAAUAUAUAUAUAUCUGUAUAUUAAUAUUAAAUAUUCAUAAUUUGUAUAUUUAUUUAUUAUUAUUAA